CUCCUUUCCCUGGUGCAACAAAUAAAAGUUAGUGAGAGAAAGCAACAACAAAGAAAAAUUUUUCUUCCCCUUAGUCUUGCUUGUAGUAGUAUUUUCCAUCCAAGUUUUGCACUCUUCUUUCCUUUCCUCCCCCUCCUCCUCUCCUUUCUUGCUGAAAUCUGACCCAAAUAACAUCACUUCCUCAUCUGGGGUCUUGAUUUUCUUUUCAAGUGAAUCAGAAUCGAAAGAUGAGGAUCAGGAAAAGGCAGCUUCCGUUCUCUCUCUCAUCCAGUCUCCCUUCAGAUCCCCAGCUCAACCGGUCGCCGGUGGUGCAACUGCCUCCUCUCAACAACCCACAUGGAAAUCCCCUCCCGUCUGAUCGUCCUAAUCCCCCGAUCGGCGACUCAACAACCGCUUCUGAUUCCUCCAACAAGAAGGACCGAGAUUGCUUGGAGUUGAAGCAAGGAAAACCGGCAGCGGCGGCGGUGGUAGAGGAGGCGGAGGAGGAGGAGAGAGGGGAGUUGGAGCGGAGGAGUAAUGAUACCAGGAAGAAAAGUAUUCUGGGUGCAGAAGUCGGGACUGGGUCUGGGUCUGGGUCUGGUUCUGGUUCUGUUUCUUCUCAUCAUCAAGUUGUGGAGAGAUGGUACGAGGAAGAGAAGGUGUUUCCGUUGAAGAAAAGAAGGGGGAGCUUUGAGAGGAGAGUGGAGGAUGAGAUGAUAAUGGAGAAAGAUAAGAAGGGGAACACGAAGAUGAAGACCAAGAUGAACAAGAAAUGUGGCCAACAGAAGGACAAUGAACAAGGAGAGAACAAAGAAGCUGAUAGUAGUACUACUACUGCUGGUGCAAAGAAGAAGGGUCGAGGUGGUGCACUUAUGGAGGGAUCGCGGUGCAGUCGCGUUAAUGGGAGGGGAUGGCGGUGUUGUCAGCAAACCCUCGUGGGUUACUCUCUUUGCGAGCAUCAUCUUGGUAAGGGUCGCUUGAGGAGCAUGACCAGUGUCAGAAGCAGGUCCUUGAGCACUAGCAGUACUACUUCUGCACCAGCCAAGAAGGAUGACCCCGAGCCAUCACCGAGCUCUUUAUCCUUACAAGAUAAUAAAGAGGUUAUAUUGUUAGAUGAUGAUAAUGAGAAUGGAAAUACAGUGGAGGAAGAGAAGAAGACCAAGAAGAAGACGAAGCUCGGAAUGGUUAAAGCUCGAUCUAUAAGCAGCUUGCUUGGCCAAACCAAUAAUAACGGAUUUGCUUGUGUAGUCGAUGAAAACAAGUAGGUGAUAAAAAAAAAGCAGCUCAUUGACGCUGAGAUUACGAUGACAUAUAUACCAUGCAUAUGGUGUUACAAGGAAUAUUAGAGUUGCUUUUGGGUAUUUUGAAUGGAUAUAUAAAAGUAAAGUUCGUGAGGUUUACAUUAGUGUUUUGAUGAGCUUUCAUGAUUUUGUGUUUGAGAUUCUUGAGGAAGAGAACAGAUGCUUGGAUAAAGUGUUUUCCCUUUA